AUGACGUGGUACCUACCGCAGAAUACAGAAACAACUCUACAAUCAAUUUUGAAAUUGAAGGAUCUCAUCUCGUCUUUGGAGAAAGCUAUUUUACAUAGAGAAAUUGUAGACUAUCAGCUUAGUGUUGAUUUCCAGAACAUCUUAUCCCGAAUAACUGGAGCUAACUAUGCAGUAUAUGGAGCAAGGCAUACUUUAAACAUCGGUGAAGGAAAAGAGAUAAAGAAUGUCCGCCCUCGCUGCUUCUUCGACAUUGAAGUUGGAGAAAAUCACAUUGGCAGGAUUAUAUUCGAGCUGUAUUCGGAUUUAUGCCCAAAAAUAUGCGAAAACUUCAUCGCACUGUGUAAUGGGGACAAAGGUUUGGGUAGCACAACGGGAAAACCUCUACAUUACAAGGGAACUGUCUUCCAUAGAGUGGUCAAGGACUUCAUGAUUCAGGGUGGUGACUUUACGGCAAUGAACGGCUCAGGGGGUGAGUCCAUCUACGGUGGAAUGUUUGAAGAUGAAAACCUCACCCUCAAACAUGACAAACCCUUGUUGCUUUCAAUGGUUUUCAGGCAAUCAGUUCCUUGCAUUGUCGAAGUAAUGUUUCUUUUCGAUGUUGAGUUGGUGGUCGGCAAGGCAGUUGUGAACCUCAUGUUGUUGUCGUAG